GAUGGAUGGACCCAUGGUCCCCAUAGCCCGACAUUCAACUCUUAAGAGCGGCGGUGGUUGCUCCUCUCUGUGCUCCUUAGAUCUCUUCUCUCCCACGCUCUCUCCCACAGUUUGAGCGCGUACUUGUUCCCAGAUUGGGACGGACCCCCAAAGGUCGGGCCUCUUUCUGUCUCCAUGAUUGUCAGCGGCGGGACUCGAUAGGGAAAGGCAGGGAGAGAGGAGGAAGAAAGGGGCAAAAGGAGAAACUUUUCUUUUUUCUUUUUUAGUUGUUACCGAGAAAUAAAGAGGGAGCCAGAGAGGAGGGACUCUGGCGAACUGGUGGCUUGCUAUAAAAGCGGUCGCAGGCAGAAAGGGCGAGCCAUGUCCGCUUCUACGACGCUGUUCCUCAGCAGAGCCAUCCGUUGUUCGACGUCGCAUUGUGCUGCCCUCCGGCCUUCCCCUUCCUUCGCGGACUUCCGGUCCCGGUCCCUGACUCUAGUCCGACAGAUCUUACCCGCCGCCCGAUCGGCGCCGGUCCAGCUCAGGAGAACCGCAGUGUCGGUCGUCCAGAUGGGAGAGGUAGCGGAUGCCGCGAUGGAUGCUGUCCAGAGACGGCUCAUGUUUGAGGAUGAGUGCAUUUUGGUGGACGAAGAGGAUCAUGUUAUUGGCCAUGAUUCAAAAUACAAUUGUCAUUUAAUGGAGAAAAUAGAAGCUGAAAAUUUGCUACACCGAGCAUUCAGUGUCUUCUUGUUCAACUCAAAAUAUGAAUUGCUCCUUCAGCAACGCUCUGCUACAAAAGUUACCUUUCCCCUUGUCUGGACAAACACCUGCUGCAGCCACCCUCUUUUUCGAGAGUCAGAGCUCAUCGAGGAAGACUGCCUCGGGGUGAGGAAUGCCGCACAAAGAAAGCUACUUGAUGAGUUGGGAAUUCCCGCCAAGGAUCUGCCUGUUGACCAAUUUGUACCACUUGGCCGUAUGCUAUACAAGGCACCCUCUGAUGGCAAGUGGGGAGAACAUGAGCUGGAUUAUUUGCUUUUCAUUGUCCGGGAUGUUGAAGUGAACCCGAAUCCAGAUGAAGUGGCAGAUAUCAAGUAUGUUAACCAGGAGCAGCUAAGAGAGCUGCUCAGGAAAGCAGAUGCUGGUGAGGAGGGUCUCAAGCUUUCUCCCUGGUUUAGGCUAGUCGUCGACAAUUUCCUGCCCAAGUGGUGGAAUCAUGUUGAAAAUGGCACUCUGAAGGAGGCGGCAGACAUGAAGACUAUACACAAGCUAGCUUAGAAACGCUUGCCCAUGUUUCAUUGGCUUUUAUAUUGGUCCUAAAUAACUGGAAUUACCUAACAGCUUCACCAAAAUGCGUAGCCUUAAGUUUCCGUCUCAGUUUCAGGAUUUCUCCUCUUUCUCGGCUUGUAGUCUUGUAAUGUUUCUAGACUUUUGAUCCUAUUCUCCUCUCUUGAUCUUUGCCGAAGCUUGAUAAUAUCAUUAACCUUUACUGGAAUGAUAUGUAUAAGAUCAUGCUUCGAGAAUGUUGUGCUCAUCGUAUGCAUGACGAAUGCUUUAAUGUUGAUAAUAUGAGAUGCAUGUUGUUGUUUUA